UCCUCCAAGAAAGUAACCAACAACCCCUCGAACUAAGAAGUGAAUUAUAGAAACGGAAAGAUGGCGACGAACAAGCAGGUCAUACUAAGAGACUACGUGAGUGGUUUCCCUAAGGAGUCUGAUUUUGAGAUCACUACCACCACCGUCGAGCUUAGGCUUCCGGAGGGGUCUAACUCGGUCCUGGUGAAGAAUCUCUACCUGUCAUGUGAUCCUUACAUGAGGAGUCGCAUGGGGAAGCCUUCUGCUUUUGCUCUUGCUCAAGCUUUCACUCCCGGCAAGCCGAUCUUAGGGUUUGGAGUGUCUAGAGUGAUAGAGUCUGGGCAUCCAGGUUACAAACAAGGUGACUUACUUUGGGGAAUCGUUGGGUGGGAGGAGUACAGUGUUGUUACUCCUGAAAUGCAUUUCAAGAUCCAUGACACCGAUGUUCCAUUAUCCUACUACACUGGACUUCUCGGUAUGCCUGGUAUGACUGCCUAUGCUGGAUUUCAUGAAGUAUGUUCCCCUAAGAAAGGUGAGACCGUCUAUGUAUCGGCUGCAUCUGGUGCGGUUGGUCAGCUCGUGGGACAGUUUGCUAAAAUGAUGGGUUGUUAUGUUGUUGGAAGUGCUGGAAGUACAGAAAAGGUUGAUCUCCUCAAAAACAAGUUUGGGUUUGAUGAUGCAUUUAACUACAAGGAAGAACAAGACCUUGGUGCUGCCCUGAAAAGGUGUUUUCCCAAAGGCAUUGACAUAUACUUUGAGAACGUAGGAGGCAAAAUGCUAGACGCAGUGCUCUUAAACAUGAACAUGCACGGUCGUAUUUCUGUAUGUGGAAUGAUCUCACAGUACAAUCUUGAGGACCAAGAAGGUGUACACAACCUAACCAGCAUAAUCUACAAAAGAAUCCGCAUUCAAGGCUUUGUAGUCUUUGAUUUCUUCGACAAGUACUCAAAGUUUCUGGAGUUUGUGAUUCCGUGCAUCAAAGAAGAGAAGAUAGCGUACGUGGAAGAUGUAGCUGAAGGACUCGAGAAAGGUCCUGAAGCUCUUGUGGGACUCUUCUAUGGUAAGAACGUUGGGAAGCAAGUUGUUGUGGUUGCUCGUGAGUGAAAAGAAAGAUUUUAAUAAUGUUGUGUUUUGGAGUAACUAAGAAUAUUUAUCCAUACAAAGACAGCUUCUCUUCUUCUCCUUUGUUGUUUCUGUAAGACAAAAUCAAAUUAAAAGUAAUAAUUGAAUUUGUUUGGUAUGGUUUUGAACA